GAAACAUGGCUGAACUAGACAUUGGAAAGCAUUGCGAAAUAAAAUCUUGCAAACAAAAAGAUUUUUUACCAUUCGUGUGUAGCAGCUGUUCUGGGGUGUUUUGUGUGGAACACAGAAGCCGGGAUUCCCAUUCUUGUCCAGAGGUGCCUGUCAAAAGAGAUGUUUCUGUGUCAGGGGCAAGCACAUUAUAUCCAUGCAGCUUUGAGGACUGCAAAGGGAAAGAACUGCUGCCUGUCAUCUGCCCACACUGUGAAAAACACUUCUGCUUGACGCAUCGGCAUCAGGAUGACCAUAAGUGUGAGAAGUUGGAGCAACCAAAGGCUAGGAUGGCUGCAACAAAAGAGCUGGUUCAGAAAAUAGUGGAAUCAAAGAAGAACGCACCACCAAGUAAAGGUAGAAAAGGAGCAAAAAAUGCUGCAACUGCUGCAAAAGUUGCCCUAAUGAAGCUUAAAAUGCAUGCUUCAGGAGAUAAAGGCCUGCCUCAGGCAGAACGGACGUAUUUCCAGGUGUUUCUGCCCAAAGAUGCUAAAGACUCUAGUUUGCCCUUGUUCUUCUGUUCGAAAUGGAGUGUCGGGAAAAUAGUGGACUUUGCUGCAUCUCAGGCCAGUUUGAAGAACAACAACAAUGUGCUCGCUGCUAAGAAACUCCGCCUGUGCCAUCCUGAGACAGGCGAAGCCUUCAGGAUGGAUGCUAGCCUCCAAUCACUGCUCUCCCACACAGAGUGUCCCCUGCACAAUGGAGGCAAUGUCAUUCUGGAAUAUCUGGAUAACGAUAGUUCUGGACUGGAUGAUGUUACAACCUAUAUACCAUUGAACUGAUAGAAAACCCCACAACCAUUCUGCAAAAAGAUUUAGAGUGGCCUAUACAAAUUGUGUCAUACAGUUUAUGUGCAUUGUAAAUAUAUUUCACAUAUGACAUACUGAUUAUUUUUAAUAAAUGGGCCAGUGAUA